AUGUCUGGCGCUUUGAGAAGCAUAAAGAAUGUCACGAAAGGAUACUCCUCAGUAGAAGUAAAGGUUCGCAAUGCUACAAGCAACGAUCCGUGGGGCCCUCCGGGUUCUGACAUGGCCGAAAUUGCCUCGAUGACCUUCAAUAGCAACACCGAUUUCUACCAAAUCAUGGACAUGCUAGACAAAAGAUUGAACGACAAGGGCAAGAACUGGCGACAUGUGCUCAAAUCCCUCAAGGUACUCGACUAUUGUCUACACGAGGGCUCCGAGCUCGUGGUGACCUGGGCUCGCAAAAACAUAUAUAUAAUCAAAACGCUGCGUGAGUUCAUCUACAUCGAUGAAGAGGGUCGCGACGUCGGUGCCAAUGUCAGACACUCGGCGAAAGAGCUCACAUCACUUAUCCUCGAUGAAGAACGAUUGCGCACGGAAAGAGCGGACCGAAAGACUUGGAAGUCGCGGGUGACCGGAUUGGAUGAGUAUGGCCCUCCUGGAAGUCAUCAUCACGAGCCGCCGAAGCGACGCGAGAGGCCCAGACGGACUGACGAAGAGGAUCUCGAGUACAAGCUCGCUAUAGAAGCCAGUAAGAACGAGGCAGAGGAAGACCGGAAAAGGCGUGAAAGAAACGCUGGCGCGGCCGAUGACGACGACGAUCUUGCAAAAGCAAUCAAACUCAGUAAAGAAGAGGAAGAGCUUCGGCGACGAGAGCUGGAGGAGUCGAACGCAAACUCACUCUUUGAUGAUACCCCGAGUCAACCUGCUGCGUCGCAACCUACCGGGUUUAAUCAGGGGUACCAGCAGCAGGGAGCCGUAGAUUGGUAUGGAAAUCCAGUAGAUCAGCAGCAGUCACAGAACACUGGAUUUCUUAACAACGCCUAUUCCCAGCCGACCGGAAUGCAAGGCCAACAAACAGGCUUUCAGAACGGUUUUGGUUAUGGGUACCAGCAGUCGCAACAACCCCAACAGACAGGCUUUGACCAGUUUGCUCAGCAGAACUUCAUGCAGCCUCAACAGACAUCCUUCAACAUGAAUAAUCCGUACGGACAACAGAUGAAUGGGGGUGGUUUUGGCCAACAAGGUUCUUUCGGACAGCAACAGCAACAGGAACAACCACAACAGCCACAAGAGCAGCAAAGCACGCUGCAAGCUGGCAGCCAUAACCCCUGGUCAUCAAACCAGCAACAGCAAGAUUCCAUGAAGCCGCAGCCCACCGGAUCCAAUAAUCCAUUCGCACCAUCGUUCGGUAAGCCGCAGCAACAGCAGCAACAGCACAUUCCGACACUGGGUUCCCUCCAGGAGAUCCAAGAGCAAAAGACACAAACACAAUUCAACAAUCAAAACUUCAAUCCACCCCUGUCUUUUGGCACACCACAGCAAGCACAGCCACAGAAACAAGCUCAACCUCAAGACCCGCAUCACGCUCAACUCAACGCACUGCUGGCGUCGGGUGACGGCCAGGACACGUUCGGCAAUACAGGAAACCUUCGUAUUCCCGCACAACACACGGCACCGGGCACGUUUGUCAAUUCGGCUGGAGCUGGCCUGAACCGCUUGAACGCGAACCAGACGGGCAACAAUCCGUUCCUCAACUCGCAGUUCACAGGCAUGCCCCAACAAACGGGUUUCACGCAAAAUAGGCUGAUGCCGGCGCAGACCGGGCCGGCUGGUGGUUUUGGUGGGAACAAUCCGUUUGGGAGGCAGCAGGGUCAGCAGCAGCAAGGCGGGAGCUUGAUAGAUCUUUGA